AUGUCCACUGCCCAACACUACCACUUUGACGUCGUUAUGACAUGUGCGGGCUGUUCCAAUGCCAUCAAUAGGGUUUUGACAAGACUCGAACCAGACGUCUCCAACAUAGAAAUCUCGCUAGAAAAGCAAACAGUUGACGUGGUGAGUGUGCUUCCGCUUGAGACCGUAUUGGAGAAGAUCAAAAAAACCGGAAAACAAGUGAAAAAUGCACAAGUGCUGUAA